AUGGUACACCUUGUGGCUGUACCAGAGACAAUCACGGCAAGUGGCUGUGCUUGUGUCUUUAUUGACACCAUCUUCCGACUUCAUGGGUUGCCCCGUGAACUCGUAUCAGACAGAGAUCCACGAUUCACUGCUGAUUUCUGGCGUUCCGUGUUCAAAUCACUCGGAACGCGCUUGAAGAUGUCAACAUCUGAUCAUCCAGAGUCAGAUGGUCAGACGGAACGUGCCAAUCGUGUCCUUGAAGAGAUACUUCGAGGAUACGUACACUCCUUUAAGAGUUGGAGUGAGUUUUUGCCAAUGGUAGAGUUUGCCAUCAACAACUCGGUGCAUGCGUCCACGACACAUACACCGUUUUACGUGAAUGGCUUGCGCCAUCCGCGUGUACCCACCUUACUAGAGUGUAACUCUGGUUUAAGGGGGGGAGGGACUCGCGCGAGCAAAAACCGAUUUGGUUCACGCUCAUCACGCUCUGACGAAGAAGUCAUUGCGUUUGAUGCCGAUAUCGAUAACAUCGAUAUCGAAGAAGAUGAUGCCAGUGAGAGUGCGGAAGCCCUCACUGAAGACAAUGAUCCCAGUGAGAGUGCGGAAGCCCUCACUGAAGAAAAGGUUGUUGUUGCUGCAGUGCGCUCACAGCACACUGAAGCUAACGAGUCAUCAGAUGAGUUCAUACUGGCUCGUGAAACGGUAGUCCGUUUUGUGCAAGACUCCAUCGCCGAAGCGGUGGAUAAGCAAAAGCAAAACGCUGACAAGAAUGGAAGGGCAAACACUCUUUUAUUUAAUAAAGGUGACUUAGUCCUACUGUCUACGGUUAAUCUACCAAAGCAUGUAGUGACUAACUUGGGUAGCAGUAAACUACUACCCAAGUACAUUGGCCCAUUUCGUGUAUUGCACCGCCUAGGCAAUGCAUACACGAUCGAGUUACCACGUAAGAUGCGAACGCAUCCCACGUUUUAUGUUGGUCGGCUUAAGCCGUACCAUCAGUACGCUGCUUCUUCCGAUGAAGAACGCCCUUGCGCUCAAGCAUCUCGCAGAGAGCCUUGUGCUCCCGAUGGUGGGCAUCAACAAGGGUCUGAAGAGCAGUUAUCUCAGCCCGAGACCGAUCAACAAUCCCACGAGCUACCCUUAGCUCGUCACGAAAGAUGUCAGAGAUCUCUCGUUCUCAAGCUGAGCAAAGGCAAACUCAGCUCGAUGCUUCAAGGCAGUGUCCGCCAUUUGGAGACGCCUGCCCCGCUCGUGUUCGAGAUCGUCGCGUAA